UCUGUCUUCCUACUUUCUCUUGCAAUACAAAAAAAAAAAAAGAUUCCUCUCUUUCUUUCUCUCUCUUAGAUCUUCACGUGCUCUUCCAGAGUUAAAAACUUAAAACUCUCCCCCUCUUGCUCUCAGUACGAGAGACCCUCUCAACUACCAUCUUCUUCCCCUGUUUCAUUCCUCCAUGGUAGCAGAAAACACACCUAAACUUCAAAGAAAGAAAAAACAUAGGAGAACAUAGAUAAACAGCCUCUUCUCCUUCUUCUUGAUUGAUUUUGUUUUCUACUUUUCUUUUCAGUGGAAAUGGGGAUCCAGAAUUGGGUUCUCAACAGUUUUUUCACACACCCAUUUGAGAAUAAAAAGGAGAAGUGCAAGGAGACUUGCCUAUUCCCCCACAUUGUUCUGUUUCUUUACCUCCUUGUUUGUUUUGUUCAAGUUCAACCGGUUUCAAGCCAGGGCUGGGAUGGUGUGAUUGUCACUGCAGCAGAUUUUCAAGCUCUCCAAGCAUUCAAGCAGGAGCUGAUAGACCCAAAAGGGUUUUUGAAGAGCUGGAACGAUAGUGGCUAUGGAGCUUGUUCCGGCGGUUGGGUUGGCAUCAAGUGUGCUCAAGGUCAGGUGAUUGUUAUCCAGCUUCCAUGGAAAAGUUUGGGAGGGAGAAUCACUGAGAAAAUUGGCCAACUCCAAGCUCUCCGGAAGCUCAGUCUCCAUGACAACCAACUCGGCGGCUCCAUCCCUCAAGCAUUGGGGUUUCUCCCGAACCUCAGAGGCGUUCAGCUCUUCAACAACCAGAUUACGGGUUCGAUUCCUCCUUCAUUGGGUUCCUGCCCUCUGCUUCAGACUCUUGACCUUAGCAAUAAUUCACUCACCGGAAAUAUCCCGGAAAGUCUUGCAAACUCAACCAAGCUUUUGAGGCUCAAUUUUAGCUAUAAUUCCCUUUCCGGAUCCAUCCCGGUUAGUCUCACUCGCUCGCUUUCUCUUACUUUUCUUGCUCUUCAAUACAACAACAUCUCUGGUUCCAUCCCAGAUUCUUGGGGUCCAACUCAAAAAAUUAGUUUUUCUCAACUUCAGAUUUUAACCCUUGAUCAUAACUUCCUCUCUGGAAAAAUCCCUGCUUCAUUGGGUCGAUUAAGUGAGCUUCAAGAGAUUUCUUUUAGUCAUAACCAGAUUACAGGAACCAUACCAGAGGAUUUGGGGAAGCUUUCUAGGCUUAGAACCCUAGAUCUUUCUAAUAAUGCCAUUAAUGGAAGCCUGCCGGUUAGUCUCUCCAAUCUUUCUUCUCUUGUUGCGUUGAACCUGGAAAACAAUAAUCUUGAUGACACAAUUCCAGAAUCAAUUGAAAGGUUGCAGAACCUCUCUGUUCUCAGUUUGAGAGGAAACCAAUUCAGUGGUCCGAUUCCGGCAACGUUAGGAAACAUUUCAACACUUAUCCGACUCGAUUUGUCACGGAAUAAGCUCAGUGGACAAAUCCCGUCUUCUCUUGGUGAUCUUAAAAGUCUUGUUUUCUUAAAUGUUUCUUAUAAUAACCUCUCUGGCCCUGUUCCAACUCUGCUUUCCCGGAAGUUCAAUGAAAGCUCUUUUAUUGGGAAUGUUCAGUUGUGUGGGUUUAGGGGUUCAGCUCCAUGUCCUUCUGAAGCACCUUCUCAGAUUGUCCCAGGUCAACUACCGAAAGAACUAACACAUAAACGUCAGAGAUUGAGUACAAAGGACAUAAUCCUGAUUGCAGCUGGAGCUCUGCUCUUAGUUCUGCUUAUACUUUGUUGCAUUUUGCUCUGUUGCUUGAUUAAGAGAAGGACUGCAUCAAAAGCAAAGAAUGGUGAAUCAGCGGCGAGGGCUGCCGCAGCAAGGGCAGAGAAGGGAGAUCCGGCAGCUGGCGGUGAUGUGGAAUCAGGAGAGGGUGGAGGGAAAUUGGCUCAUUUUGAUGGUCCAAUGACUUUUACUGCUGAUGAUCUUUUGUGUGCAACAGCUGAGAUUAUGGGCAAAAGUACUUAUGGGACUGUGUAUAAGGCUACAUUGGAGGAUGGAAGUCACGUAGCUGUGAAGAGAUUGAGAGAAAAAAUCACCAAAAACCAGAGAGAAUUUGAGCAUGAGGUCAAUGCUCUAGGCAAAAUCCGACACCCAAAUCUUCUUGCUUUAAGGGCAUAUUACUUGGGACCUAAAGGGGAGAAGCUUCUUGUCUUUGAUUACAUGCCAAGAGGGAGUCUUGCAACAUUUCUCCAUGCUCGGGGACCUGAGACUUCUAUUGAUUGGCCAACAAGGAUGAAGAUAGCAAAGGGCGUGACACGAGGCCUACUGCACCUUCACACAAAUGAGAACAUUGUCCAUGGGAAUCUAACAUCGAGCAACAUAUUGCUUGAUGAGAAUACAAAUGCCAAAAUAGCUGAUUUUGGCUUGUCUAGGCUAAUGACAACUGCUGCCAAUGCAAAUGUGAUUGCAACCGCGGGAGCAUUAGGUUAUAGAGCACCAGAGCUUUUGAAACUAAAGAAAGCUAACACAAAAACAGAUGUCUAUAGCCUCGGAGUUGUCAUAUUGGAACUCCUAACGGGGAAGUCUCCAGGAGAGGCAGCGAAUGGAGUCGAUUUGCCUCAGUGGGUUGCCUCCAUAGUGAAAGAGGAAUGGACAAAUGAAGUUUUUGAUGUGGAGUUGAUGAGGGAUGCAACCAUCAUUGGUGAUGAGUUGCUAAACACUUUGAAACUGGCUCUGCAUUGCGUAGACCCUUCGCCAUCAGCGAGACCAGAAGUUCUACAGGUUCUCCAGCAACUAGAGGAGAUUAGACCAGAGUCCGCUGCUAGUUCUGCAGCACCUUCUGGGGAUGAUGGAGCAGGAGUUCCUUCAACAAGCGAGUGAAGGAAAUGGAUUUUGGAACAGUAAUGUUUGUGAAACAAAACUAGGAACAAUUCUUUCAUUCUUGAGUGCUAAUUUUGUGUGCUAAUCUACCGUCUGUAAAUAUCAUUCUCUCUAAAUUCCCCUAGUACGUUUUCAUUGCGAAUUGUUAUUCAUUUUGAUAGGUAGUUUCUAGUUCUCUAGUAUAAUGUACUUAUGUGCCACAUAAGUAAUCUAUCUCUAUUCUUUUCUCAAAUUAGAUAAUGUUACUUCCUUCGAAUUUCUUUGCAAAACCAUAGAUUUGAACCCAAAACCUCUAUAAAACCUCGAUUUACUG